AUGUCAAAACUUUUCAUUCCAGUUGUUAACUGCGGCAAGGCCCAUGAUGCAGAUAUAUUUGGUCUAGCAAUUUGCCCUCCUUUUACCGCCACAUGUUCAGGUGAUGGACAUAUAAAACUCUGGAAGAAUAAGCUUUUAGAUGGAGAAUUACCGAAGGAUAAUUGUGUGUCUCAUUUUGUAAAUAAGACUGGUGUCCACCAUAUCGAUGUUUUACACACUAUUGAGAGAGGUGGAGUUGAGAUUUGCAUUGUUGGUUGUGCUGCAUUCGAUGGAUCACUAAGUUUUUAUUCUGUAGAACUUCCUUCAAUGCAGAUUAAUGAGCUAGACUUACUCUCUGAGGAGGACAAAAAGCGUAGUUAUUGGGCCAUAAGGUGGUAUAAAAGCGGUUCUCGCUCAGUAACUCACAAAUUUGCAGCCACGGAAGUUAAUGGGAAUACAAGGCUAUGGAACUUUCAUCCUUUUGAGCAAGAGAUUACCGAUAAUGCUGGUUUGCAGCUAAAAAAAGAAGCCCACGAUGAUGGCGGCGAGAAGCUCAAAGUGAGUCUCCACUUCACUCACCACGGGGAAUACACCCCCCCAACAUCGAAAUUUGCUACGUGUUUGGAUAUAUCUUCUAAUAAUAUUGUUGCAACAGGGUAUUCAGAUGGCAGCGUUGUGGUAUGCGAACUUUCCACCUUAAGACCCAUGUAUAAUUUGGGAGGUUUCAUGCUCCACGGAACCCAAGAUAACAGCAGUACAGUGCGCGCACUGAAAUUUAGUCCUCUAGGAGGAAUUCUUGCAAUAAGCAACGAUUCUGGAUCGUAUGGAAGCAUUACACUUUACGACAUGGAGUACGGUGAAGCUAUCGGCAACCUUUCAGUUCCAACAGACAGCAAACAAAAGGCAAUCGUAUCUGCUGCGCACAAUGGAUGGGUUUUUGGUUUAAGCUUCAACUCUACGGGUGAAUUCCUUGCAUCUUGCGGUUUUGAUGCUAAAGUCCGUGUCUGGGACGUCACACACAAGGAACAUGUGUCUACCCUACGAAUGUCAGCAGACGAUAUUGAAGAUGCAAAUGAUGUACUAAAUGUUGACGAACACGGAAGCUCACUUGCAAAACCUGCAGUUCUAGCUGUUAACUUUAUUGCCAAAGGUGUACGCGGUGGCGUGGGCAGCAACAACAAUGAAGGGUUAUGCUGUGUCUGUCUUGACAGAAGUGUCAGGUGGUAUAGAGAGGCGGGCGGUAUUUAG